AUGGACAAGAAUAUCCUCCUCAUUAUUGCAGAUGACUUGGGACGUAACCUCGGGGUCUGCGGCGAGUCCAAGGUCAAGACGCCGAACCUUGAUGACCUGGCGGCCCAGGGGACCUACUUCGACAUGGCCUUUGCCAGCACAGCAUCCUGCAGCGGAAGUCGUUCUGUCAUCCAGUCAGGCCUCCAUACUCACCAGACCGGCCAGUUGGGUCUCCUACGCGGCUUUCAGGGCCUUCACUACUUCACGACCUUUGAUCAUGUCGACACGUCGCCCAAGGUGUUCAACAGCCUGGGCUACCUGACAGGCAUCAUCAGCAAGGUCCACGUCGGGCCUGCUGAAUGCUACCCCUGGCGUGUCCGGGAAGAGAGCGACACGCGCGAUGUCGCCUGGACUGCAGAGCGGUCCGCUGCCUUCUUCGAGAGGGCGAAGGAGGAGAAAAAGCCGUUCUUCUUGACUGUCGGCUACAUCGACCCCCAUCGGGACUUGACGCGGGGUGGGUUCGGCAAUACGCAGGACUAUAAAGGGGUCCAGCACCUCAGCUAUGACCCCAAUGACGUUGCGAUUCCAUUCUUCCUUAGCGAUGUGCCUGAGGUGAGACAGGAAUUAUCAGAGUACUACGGCGCUGUCUGGCGGUUGGACCAAGGUGUGGGCAUGCUGUUGAAUGAGCUGUCCAAGGCCGGGCUGGAUGAUAACACCUUGGUAAUGUUCACAAGCGAUAAUGGCCCGCCAUUUGUGAACUCCAAGAGCACGCUGUAUGAUGCGGGUGUCCGUCUCCCGAUGAUCAUCAGAGUCCCAGGCGGAAGAACCGGGGUGGUCAACCCAAAUCUUGUCUCCUUCAUCGACAUCCUGCCCACUUUCCUGGACUGGGCGGGGUAUGGGAACGUGAAAGGCAACCGCAAGGGGCGGUCGGUUCUGCCCAUCAUGAAUGAAACAACAGAGCUCGAUGAUUGGGGUCAUGUGUUCGGCUCGCAUACAUUCCACGAGCUCACGGCGUAUUAUCCCACUCGCUACAUGCGUACAAAGCGGUUCAAGUACCACCGCAAUGUGUCUUGGCAGCUCGAAUUCCCCUUUCCCGGAGAUCUGUACGGCGCCCUAUCGUGGGAAGGGAUGCGAAAUGCGGAGCCGGCAAUGAUUGGCAAGCGGCCUGUUGCCAACUACAUCAAGAGGGGACCCGAGGAGCUCUUCGACCUCGAGGCUGAUCCGGAGGAGGAACCCGAGUAUCAAGAGCAACUUCUCGAGUGCAGGAAGGCGCUUGAGCAGUGGCAGCUGGAAACAGAAGACCCAUGGUAUUUUCGUGAUGGAAUCUCAACAAGGGUUAUCUUUAACCAUAUUGACGCCGGGAUGAAAAUGCCCGACAGAUGGGAUUUUGACGUGGAGAAUCCAGGAAAUAAGGAUGGCUCUCAGAUGGCUCACUCCUUCCAGGAGGUUAGAGGCAGAGGAGCGAUGGGCUAUUAG